UGAUCCCUCAAUUUUGUAGCAAAGUGCUUUAGCAUAUGACUAGAACGUCCCCCGAAAAACAGAAAAAAAAAUUACAAAACAGGCACUAAACUCUACCCCCCUCCCAUAGGGUAAGAGAAACACAAUCUAACUUGAUUUGGAUCAGUUUCGAAGAAACAAAGGCUGUAGGAUGGACAUAAACCCAACUGAAGAGAUUUGCCCACAGUCCGAUGUGGAAGUACUUUUGCGGCCCUAUGCUCCACUGGGAGUAUAAAGAAUGACACCAAUUCAACGACUCAUUGGCAGCGUUCAAUAUAAAAUAUUUCUGGUUUACAUUACAAAUAAAACAGACUGAAAAAUAAACAGGCGUACAAGUCAUAGUGACCAAACAGAACAAGAGUCAAAAUACAGGAAUUACUUGUGCCUAAAGAUGAACAAUUUUGUCAGAUAAAAUGCAGCGAGUGUUGAGAAUUAUCUUAGUCGUCGUGGUACUGGCGUUUGCCAUGUUUUUUUUAUCCUCAAGAAAUCGAAGUGGAUCCAAUAUUGCCAUGUUUAGUGACCCUAUGUCAACAAGAAACCAAGCCGAACGACUCGAACCCAAACCUUACGAAGUGACAAUAAUAACUCUGUACGUUCCGCUGGGCAAGUUUCAGAAAGGAGGCGGCGGAAACUUCUACACCAAUGACAAAUACAGAGGCUGGAUGCAGACGUUUGGUUGGUUAUCCAACAAGCUUGUGGCCUUCCUCACUGAUGACGACACGUACAAUUACUUUAAACAAAUUCGAUCUCAUCUCCCACCGGAGAGGACUGUGCUGAUCAGAGUCAACAGAUCUGAGCUUAGCUCUUUCAAAGACUACGACAGAGUCAAUCAGAUUUAUUCAAAGCCCGACUACCCCAAGCAUCACCCCAACACGGUCAACGCCAACUACUCCCUCACUAUGAACGCCAAGUACGAGGUGUUGCAGAUGGCCAUGGACCUGGGUCACGUGAACACCACAUACAUAGCUUGGUUGGAUAUAGGAUGUCUCAGAAAUAUGUUGGAAGAAAAGAUCAGACCCAAAAACAACAUUUUCACACUAGAAGUCCCUCUGGAUUUUGAGGACGGGAAAGUCGCGUUCACUGAAGUUGGAGGUCGAGAUGGUCUCAGAAACUUAUCCCCCUGGGAGUACAUCCAGCAGAACCAGGUCUGGGUGGCUGGAAGUUAUUUCAUUGCAAAGAAAACUGUCAUGCUAAAAUUUAUCAGAUCUUAUCAAAAAGCCGUCCAGGUUUUGUUAAAGGACAAUAUGGCCAGCACGGACCAGCAAGUGAUUGGUUCCAUGUACUCACCACAGAUGAUCAAAGACCAGGAGGUAGAGAUUAAAACGUACAGAUGUUCAAAUGGACAGUACGGACUGUACAGCUCAGAUAUCCAAUAUUUCUGUUUAGCGUACGUCUGUAAAGAGGCGGCGGAGUUGCGGAGAGCCAACAAGACCUUACAACUAGCUUAAGAGGUCUGCCUGCUGCCAAUUUAAUUUGACAACUAGUUGAGAAUCUGGUCGGCUGCUACCAACAGAAAUUUAGAACUAGCUUAAGAAAAUGAUUGCCUGCUGCCAAUGUAACUUAACAAAUAACUUAAGAACAUGACUGUCUGCUCAAGUCUGCUGGUACUAUCUACUAGAGUCUUGCUUGAGUGCUCCUUGUUGUUUCGAAAGUAAUGGAUUUUAAAAGUUUUUUGUACAUCUAGCCACUUUUUUCUUAAUGUUUCAGUUUUUUAUUGGGAUAAGAUUGUUUGAUUAUUAGGUCAUCAAUGUACAUUCUAGUUGUGGACAUUAGCGGAAUGCUGUAUCCACUAAAAUGGGUUACAAUCGAUGUCCUCAUCCUCUUUCGCAAUAGUCAAAAGUUGUCCAAGGACGCCAUUAUUAUUAGCGUCUCAAAUGAUCCUCCAGCUGAGAUGGUUUAAUAGCGUCCUUACUUUGUUGCAUAAUAAGCACAUAGACAAUGAAGAUAGGAAUGAAGACAAAUUUCAAAUAAUCAACACAGUUGCAGUCUACAUUUCUUUUUGGAUUGGUCCAUGUUUCACCAAGACACAAUUAAUAGGCAUAUAUUUAAAUACGAUGUUAACAUUUAUAGUCUUAAAAAUUAAUUCGAAUAUCAGGGUUGAAAUUUAGAGGAUUAAUUAAGGUUCAAAUCAUAUGUGUGUAUGAGUUAGCUCCGUUAAUAGGAAAAAAAUGUAAAGACUAGACCUGCUUAAAUGAGAUUCCAUUACCGUAGAGUCGUAGACCUCCAUUUACAUCUCAUAGUCCCCCAAUUAAUUUUGUUUCACCCUCGUUGCCCCCUUUAAAAGUCGUCAUAGACCCUUGGGCAUGGGCGUAGCUGGGGGGGCGGUUCUUGGGGUUCAAACCCCCCCGAAAUGAACCCCCCCCCCCGAAAUGAAAUCCCCCCCCCCCUGGGGGACGGAAUUAAGUGACUGAUUUUUGCUUUCAUUUUAUUUAUUUUAGGUGAGAUUUUAAUACUAAAUCAUCACUUACCACAGCACAGCCGAGGCAGUUUUGAGUUAAAAACCCUCUAUCAGGGGGUUUUGAGUUUAAAUCCCCUACCAGGGGGUUUUGAGAUUUUAAAAACCCCCAUCAGGGGGUUUUGAGAUACAAAUCCCUCUAGCAGGGGGCUUUGAGCUUAAAACCCCCUACAAUGGGUUUUGAAUUUUAAACCCCCUACCAGAGGUUUUUGCAGUUAAAUCCCCCUCUUCUAUAAAACAAAACAAAAAAAAUGCAAACAACAAUCCCCAAAUUCCAACAGCACAGUUGAGGAAGAUUUUGAUUUAAAAACCCCAUCCAAAAUUUACGAUAACCCCCCUCUUCAAUAUAAAAAAAGCAAAUUACACACUCAGAAUUCUAUGAGCGUAGCCAAAGGGGUUUUGAGUUUAACCCCCCUCCCCCUUCCAGUUGGGGUUUGAAGCUAAAAAGUACCUCUUCAAUAUAAAAAAAAAGGAAAUUACACACUAUAAAAUCUAUGAGCGUAGCCAAAAGAUGGCUUUUUCUUUAAAGUUUAAAACCCCUCCAGAUGGUUUUGAGUUUAAAAUUCCCCUACAGAGCGUUUAGAGUUGAAAACCUCUCUCUUCAAUAUUAUUUUAAAGCAAAGUCACCAAAUUCUAUGAUCGUAGGUAAAUGGGGUUUUGAAUUAAAAACAAAACAAAAAAAAAACUCCAGAGAUUUCUCAACAGAUGAUUUGACGAAAAAACUUUCCUUGUCGAUAUAAAAUCUAAAGCGAAAUACAGGCAUGUAAUUCCAAGAGCGUAGUCAAGAAAGGUUACAAAUUUCUACCAGUGGCUUGGGCUCCAUUAAUUAAGUGUGAAUAGUCUUCUGCCGAAAUUGAAAAUCAUUAAAUGUGUCUCAACAAAGAUGGCUAAGACAGAUUUUAGGAGUCAGUCAUAGAAAUCGGGUCUAAAUCAAAGAAAUCAUAUGCCGAACUGGGAGUCGAAUCCUUAGUAAGGUUGUGACAGAGCGUCGCAAGAGGUUUUGCGGGACAUGUUUUCCGACAAAAUGAAUUACGCAAAAUAAGAGUUGCGGAAACAGCUUGCCGGAAAAUGCGCCGAACGGCGCGAGAGGGUCUAAGUCAGUAAGAAUAGCACAUUAGGUUUUUGAAAUAAAACUUUUUAAUAGCAAGAUAAUGCACUGUAGAUACCUCAGAAUAUGCAUUUUGUUGGCUUUCAAUACCAGAAAUACUGCUCGGCGGCGGGGCUUCGCCCCGCGCUGGGCGAGCGCUGCGAACUCCCCCAGACCCCCAGAUUAAUCCCCCCCCCCAAAAAAAAAAACCCUGGCUACGCCCAUGCCCUUGGGGGUAUAAAUAGACCAGACCACUUUGGGAAUCACUGAUUUAGGCCAUGACUGCUAAGAGUUAUAAAACAACAACAAUAACCAAAAAAGUAGACGUGUAAUAUAAUUAACUAUGUAUUGACGUCUAGUCAUUGAUCAAAAUUGUAACAUACAUAGAUUGCGACAGAAUUCCUAAUGAUGAAUUGACUGUGUAAAUUGUAAAUUUACAUGUUUUAAUUUUUGUUUCUUUAUCUUUUCAUUACAUAAUCCAAUGAAUUCACUUUUCUUUUGAGUAACUUGAUUGAGAAAAAAAUGAGAUGAUGCACUGACCCACGAUCUGGCAGAUCCACCCCGGAAGUUAAGUUUCCCUUUCAGAACUUGCCAUCAAUGGGGCAGAUGAUGUAAACGUCUGUGGCCCAGGGUUAACGAGGGUGUCAUGUAGCCACCUCAACGACCAACCCCCUUUACUUUUCCCCAAAUUAAUGGUAGGUACCCAUUAGAGAUGGGUGGACUUGUGCCAUAAAGAUCCCGAAAUAAAAAAAAAAUGUCGUCUUCAAUAGGAUUCGAGCCCGGGACUCUCAGUUUGGAAGCCAAACGUUUUACUACUCAGCCACUGCGCCUCCCCACAGACAAUAUAAAGUACCUACUUGUUCAAAUCUCCACACAGUCAGCCUCAGAGCAUCUAUGGUUGAUUAAUAUUUGAUCACACGAAAUGUUUUUUUUUUUAUUACUUCUAUAGUUAUCAAUUAUCAACCAAGCUUGUCUCUAUGUAUAUUAAAAGAAGGAAGACAUCCAGAUUUGUUAACAUUCUGGAGAUCCACAUUUGUAUUGUAUAUAUUUAUUCAUCAAGAUUUAUACCACCCACAUCUCUCAUUCCGCUGAUUUUCUAGAAUCCCCUUCCCCAGAUAUUCCUCGAAUUAAGAAUAAAAUCCGUGUGAACAUAACAUUGACUGAAUCAGUGAUGCUCAACCUACGACCUGUGGGUCAUAUCUAUUGCAACGCAAAAGUCUCCGGCUUGUAAAAGCUUCUACUUGAUCCAAAUCCCACUUUGGCUCAUGUUGCGAUUGCAGUUGGAGAAGACGAACAUGUUUAUAGUUCAAACCAGCUGCUCAUAUUGAUCACCUGAGUUCAAACCUCAUUUGUUUCAAAGCUAUUUUUUUCUACAAAAGAAUUCCCAUUGUACUAUUCGCGUAAUUAAAUCUAAUGUUUGUGUGUUGUUGUUUUUAAUUCAUGAUUGUUACAUCACAUUUAUGACGAAGAUUUAUUCUUUAAAAUAUGACAUUGCGAACUACAAAUAAUAGUCCACGGCAAAUAAAAAUACAUGAAGUGACAACUAACACACUGUUUUUACAAGACAUAUAUCAACUCAAUCUGUCUGUUUGUCUGUCUGGUAAAAAUUAAGAACACGUUAUUUCCCCCACGCCCAUUCUCGGAUCAAGCUGAAACUUUACACAAUUAUUUAUUUAACUUAACAAAACAGAAAAUGAAAAAAAAACUUUGUCAAUUAAUUACUGGUAAUUAAAUAUUUCGUUCCAUAGCAAAAAUGGAAAUAAAUCCUUCAGUAUUAAGAGAAAUUGCUAAAUAUGUGAGAUUGUGUCCUUUUUACAGAUUAUACCCAUUAUUUUUUCCACAUCUAUCCUCAAAUCAAGUUGAUCUUUACACAAUUAUUUAAUAUAACUAACAAAGUAACGAAACUACUGAAACAUAACCAAUUAGCCAAUUGGUAAUUAAUUACU